CAUUCAGAACAAUGAGGCUGGUCAUCCUUGUGUGCCAGCUUAGCCUCUUUAUGAGGACUGAGGCCCAGACACCAGAUGCUUGCGCUCUAAGCGAAACAAACAGAGCUCCAGAAAACUCGGACAUCACUGUGGACUGCGGCACUCAGUUUAUGGACCUGAGCAUCUACAUUUGUCCAGUGUACCAAGCACUUUACAAUGAGUCUCUGAUGGUCCUCAAUAAUCAGAUAAACACACCUGAGUGUUAUGGGACUGCCGACUGGACCACGACCCCACCAGUCUUAAAAUUCAGAUUCCCAAUGAAUGAAAGUUCUGUUUCAUCCUGCAACAAUGACUUUAAGAUAUCCGAUCAGGUUGGAACUGGAGACUUUGCUGACUUCUCCAAAGUCCAGUAUGUCAACAUCUCCGGCACUAUAAACUCAGUAGACCCCUCUUCAGGUAUGAUCACUUAUCUCCCGCAGAUCUUAUACAAGUUCUCCUGCUUCUACCCGAUGCAGUAUCUCGUGAACAACACCCAACUGAGCGUAUCAGGUUCGAGUCUUGCCAUAAGAGACAACAAUGGUAGUUUCAUCAGCACACUGAGUAUUCUGCUCUUCAAAGAUGAACUGUACCAAGAAAGGUUGAUUAUACCAGAAACAGGACUAAAUCUGAAGACCAAGAUUUAUGUUGCAGUUAAAGCAAACAAUCUAACAGACAGGUUCAACGUGAUGCUAGACAGAUGCUACGUAACAACAAAUCCAGAUCCCAUUCAGUUAACCUAUUAUGACCUUUUUGUUGGGUGUACCCGUGACGCACAAACUAAGGUGGAUCUUAAUGGAGAGAAGCAGGAGGCACACUUCUCCUUUGAGGCCUUCAGAUUUGUGCAGCACAAAAACAAGACAGUUUCCACCUUCUUCCUGCACUGUGUCACCAGGCUCUGUGAGCCGUUGACGUGUAGCAGAUUGUUCCCUGACUGUACAUCAGCUCGGAGAAAGAGAGCGGUCGUGGAUGUGUUGCCCAAUGCUACCGUCACCUCGCCUGCCAUUCUGGUGGGAAGACAAACCAGUGGAAAAGCUCAAACUUUCUCAGCUUCUUACGGUACACCAGUUGAGAGCAACUACAGCAGCCCUGUGGUGGCUAUUAUUGUCUGCAUUGUCGUCCUGACUAUUCUCAUCAUUGCCAUGGCUGUUUACUUUGCAUUGCACAGCAGACAGAGAAAACCAAUCAUCCAGUAACAAACCCUGACAGCUGAGUCCUUCCCCAAUCUGAGUGCCAGCUUAGUACGUCAUGAUCUACAAAGCAAUGUUAUACAUAGAUAUUAAUUGAGACGUUAGUCAGAAAUGUCAUACUGUCAUAUUACCAUUUCACACACAUUAUAACAUCAGUAGUAAUCUAGGCUUGCUUGAUAAUCAUAAUUAGUCACAUCGUUUAUUAAUAUGGGGAUGGAGAAUCUUUACUAUGAUUAUAUGUUAGUUUAAUCAUGUUGUCACAGUCAUAUUGAAGUAUUUAAAGAAUGGUGGUUAAUUAAGAUUUUUAUUA